UGUUUUGACGUUUCCUGUCAAGCUGUUUGCAUACAUUUUUUGCCGGGCGUAAUCAACAACUUCGCGUCCGUGUUGUUCCGUUGCUUCCCGAUACUGCAAAUGUUUUGCCUGAACCGCACAAGUUCCUUUCGCUGUACGAAAGCGCUCCAGCUCGCAUCAACAACGAACCGAUUCGGUAUAGCGGCCACAACAGCAGCAGCAGCGCGUCAAAGUGCCCGACGGAACGGUUCCGUCACCGUGAAACAGUGCAAUUUUCUAUCAUCGCUGUCGGUGGUCACGUCACCAAGCAGCCGAACGUCGGCGUGGCAGCGGGUCCCCCUAUUGCGUGAACGAAACACUCUCUCCAUUCCGUGCGUGCACCGUGCUUCCGUCACCUCGUGGCAGCAGGUCCCAGCGACAGCGGGCAACAACGGUUGCUUUGUUAUUUCUAGCUCGUCGCGAGUGUUUGGCUCGGUGAUUCAUUCUACCCACGGCGGGUGUGAUAAGCAAAGUGUUGUAGUCCUCUCCGUUGGGCUGCUGUGUCCCGCAAAGGCACAUUAUCCGUACCAGCGACGCAACAUCACCACCAUCGCGGACAGCACCAGCAUCAGUGACGUGUCCGAAAACAGUGAAUACAAAAUGUCCGCAGUCACCGCCAGCACCGGUACCGGCGGGAAGGCCGAAUUUCAGCGCCUGCCAACCAAUGUCGUGCCGGAGCAUUAUCAGCUGCAGCUGAAACCGAACCUGAUGGCGCUAACGUUCGAAGGUUGCACUACGGUGGAUCUGAAGGUCGUGUCGGCAACGGAUCGCAUCACGCUCAACGCACUGGACCUGAAGAUCGGCACGGCGACCGUCACGUUCAGCGAGCAGACCCUCACCGCCCAGGACAUACAGUUCAAUGCGGACCAGGAAACGGCAUGCUUCGUGUUCGGGUCCGAAAUACCGGCUGGCGCCGCCAAGCUGACGGUCAAAUUUAGCGGCGAACUGAACGACAAGAUGAAGGGCUUCUACCGUAGCAAAUACUUCUCCGCCACCGGCGAGGAACGGUACGCCGGGGUGACGCAGUUCGAGGCAACCGACGCACGGCGAUGCUUUCCGUGCUGGGACGAACCGGCCAUUAAGGCCACCUUUGACAUUACGCUAGAUGUGCCGCAAAAUCUGGUCGCCCUGUCAAACAUGCCCGUGCUGGAGCAGAAACCGAACGCCACGGAUAGUACCGUGCUGGUGACGUUCGAUCGGACACCGAUCAUGUCCACCUAUCUGGUGGCGGUUGUGGUGGGCGAGUACGAUUACGUGGAGGACACAUCGGCCGACGGGGUGCUGGUGCGCGUUUACACGCCCGUCGGCAAGCGCGAACAGGGCCGGUUUGCGCUGGACGUCGCGACCAAGGUGCUGCCGUACUAUAAGGAUUACUUUAACAUCGCCUAUCCACUGCCGAAGAUGGAUCUGAUUGCGAUUUCGGACUUUUCGGCCGGUGCCAUGGAGAACUGGGGACUGAUCACGUACCGGGAAACGUUCGUGCUGGUCGAUCCGGAGAAUACGUCCCUUAUACGGAAGCAGUCGAUCGCACUCACGGUCGGGCACGAAAUUGCGCACCAGUGGUUUGGGAACCUGGUCACGAUGGAAUGGUGGACACAUCUGUGGCUGAACGAAGGGUACGCCUCGUUCGUGGAGUUCCUCUGCGUGGACCAUCUGUUCCCGGACUAUGACAUCUGGACGCAGUUCGUGACGGACAUGUACACGCGUGCGCUCGAGCUGGAUUGCUUGCGCAACUCGCACCCGAUCGAGGUGCCGGUCGGGCAUCCGUCCGAGAUAGACGAGAUUUUCGAUGAGAUUAGCUACAACAAGGGCGCGAGCGUUAUCCGGAUGCUGCACCACUACAUCGGCGAUGAGGACUUUAAGCGAGGAAUGAAUCUGUACCUUACCCGGCAUCAGUAUAGUAACACGCGAACGGAAGAUCUGUGGAAUGCGCUGCAGGAGGCGAGCAGUAAACCGGUCGGUGCGGUCAUGUCGACCUGGAUCCAGCGCAUGGGAUUCCCGGUGGUGCAAGUGCUGUCCUCGCGGCAGCUCGACGGCAACCGACGUCUGCUGAGCAUCGCUCAAUCGAAGUUCUGCGCGGACGGAUGUGAAGCGCCGGAACAAUCGCUAUGGCUUAUCCCGAUCAACAUCUCCACACCAUCGUCGGCCAGUGCCGUUUCAACGGUGCUGGAAGCGUCCACGGCGGAAAUCACGGUCGAGGGCGUUGGAGAGCAGGACUGGGUGAAGAUCAAUCCGGGCACGAUCGGAUACUACCGUACGCAGUAUCCGGCCGAGAUGCUGGAACAGUUUCUGCCGGCGAUCAAGAACAGGACACUGCCGCCGCUCGAUCGGUUGGGACUGAUUGACGAUCUGUUCGCGCUGGUACAGGCCGGCAAGAGUGCGACCGUUGAUGCCUUGAAGGUGAUCGAUGCGUACCGGAACGAAAGCAACUACACCGUAUGGUCAUCGAUCUCGAACUGUCUGGCCAAGCUGCAGCUGCUGCUGGCCCACACGCCGGCCGAGAAGCAGUUCGGAGAGUACGGCGUCCGCUUGUAUCAACCGGUGGCCGAGAAGCUUGGCUGGGACGUAAAGCCGGGCGAGAGCCAUCUCGACACGCUGCUUCGUUCGCUCGUCCUCGGCCGGCUGGUAUCGUUCGGAUGCAAAAAAACGUUGGCAGAAGCUAAGAGAAGAUUCGAUGAACACGCACAAAACAAAAGCGUCCUACCGGCCGAUCUUCGCAGCACCUGCUACCGGGCCGUCCUGCAGAACGGUGACCUGGCGACGUACGACGAAAUGCUACGCCUGUACCGUGCGACCGACCUGCACGAAGAGAAGGAUCGCAUUUCGCGUGCCCUCGGUUCGAUCGGCAACGUGGACAUCCUGCGGAAGGUGAUCGAUUUCGCGAUGUCGGAAGAGGUGCGUGCCCAGGACGCCGUGUUCGUGAUCGUAUCGGUUGCCCUCAACCCGAAGGGGCGCGACAUGGCGUGGGACUAUUUCUGCGACCACUGGCAGGUACUGCUGAACCAGUACGAGGGCGGCUUCCUGCUGGCCCGCCUGAUCAAGUACCUGACGGAGAACUUCUCCACCGAGGAGCGGGCGCUCGAGGUGGAACAGUUCUUCCGCGAGCACGAGUUCCCCGGCACCGAGCGGACCGUGUCGCAGUCGAUCGAAACCAUCCGGCUGAACGCGGACUGGAUGAAGCGCGAUCUGGACGCCAUUUCCAGCUAUCUGAAGGACCAACAGCAGUAAGCUGUUUUGCGUACGUUCGAGCGCAAACACAGAGGUAAGGGGGGACAGAUGCGAUAACACAGCAGGACGACGAACUAAAUGGAGGAGGAGGAGGAGGAGGAGGAGGAGGAGAGAGGAGAGGACUCGCACACGAUAACGGGCGUGCCAUUGAUGCCGUGGAGUGAACGUACUAAGUACAAGUACUGAGCAAUCGUUUGUUUGUUUGUUUUGUUUUGUCUGUUAUGUUGUUUUGUUCUUUAUUGAUUGUUACGUUCCACCAUGUUUUUUUUUCUUCACCCCCCCCCCCCCCCCCAUACACAUACACGCAAACCGCGUGUUUUGUUUGCACUCGUAGUAAACAGAUGGGUUCCCCGUGUUGGCUUAAUAGAAGCUGCCGUAAGCUUCUAAGGCUAAAUUUUGUGUGUGUGCGUGUGUGUAUCAGAAGUGUUUUGCAUUUAAGCCAAAGUGAGUGAGUGUGUGUACGUUGAACGAUCACAGAGAAGGGAAAACAAACGCAACGGUAGUAGAGUACAUUGACGUAGAGCGAUACAACAAAAAACGAGUCAAACUUGAGCAGGAGAUAAUUAGGGCAUGAUUUUUCGUUCGAUUUAUUAACCACGCAACACGACAGCGUUAAGCAAUAAAAAUAAGUAAUUUGACUACGUUAUGAAAAAAAAAACAAAUCGUUUGUCUUGACCUGAAGAAUGACCCUAGUUUUGCGUUAAAUGAAGGACACGGUGGGGACAUGAUAAAACAAUUAUAUUUCGCAAGCAGAAAUACGAGGAAUGUUUAAUUUGUAACUAGUUUUUUUAACAAGCAAUAAAUCUACUUUACGUCACAGAAAUAGUAA